AAGGAAGAAAAAAGAGACGCAAGACUCUUGCGGAUCCUCCACUUGCCCUCUCGUUAACUGUCAUCCAGCCUAAAAAUCAAAUCGGAACCGAAACGCCAUGAAAAUGGUGACAUGUUGUUUGUAGCAGAAGAUACAAGACGAAGAACAAGAGCGAAAGUGACCGGAAUUUUUCAAUCAAUGUAUGUCCCUUCGAAGGGAGUGGAGAUUAAUUCGAUAUCGGUGAAAGAAAUAGGGAUUUUGCGCGAUUGGGGGCGAGUAUAUGAUGCUUUGUAGUCCUUUGAGAGAUCGAGUACAGGCUUGGCUUCGUGAUUAUGAUGGGCUUCAAUUUGUCGCUGUGAUACUCAUCUACGUUCAGAUUGCUUGUGCGUUGAUUGGAUCGCUGGGCGCAUUGUAUAACGGCGUGUUGUUGAUUAAUUUGGCGAUUGCAUUGUUUGCGCUUGUUGCAAUCGAGAGUAGCAGUCAGAGCUUGGGCCGGACCUACGCUGUGCUUCUCUUCUGCGCCAUAUUGCUUGACGUUUCCUGGUUCAUCCUCUUCUCUAAUGAGAUUUGGAACAUCUCUUCUGAAAAAUAUGGAGCAUACUUUAUUUUUUCCUUGAAACUCACUCUAGCAAUGCAGAUUAUUGGAUUUUCUGUGAGACUAUCAUCUUCAUUGUUAUGGAUUCAGAUUUAUAGGUUGGGGGUUUCCAGUGUUGGCACCACAGCUUCUCGGGAAGCAGAUUUUGAUUUGAGAAAUAGUUUUCUAAAUCCUUCAACUCCUGCUGUAGUUAGCCAAUGUUCAGGGUCUGACGAAGCUAUAGGAGGCGCCAUCUAUGAUCCGGCAUAUUACUCGUCCCUCCUUGAAGAUGGUCAAGAAAUUAGAUAUACGCGUGAGGGUCAAAAUCAUGGUAUUGCUGGCAAUGGGUCUCCUUCUGGUGUUGGAGUUUCUCAUCUGAAGGCAUCUUUGGGUGGAUCUUUUCAGGCCAUAGAUUUUUAGCACUUACAGGAGGAGAGUGCAGUAAGCGUGCCCCAAAAAGUAUAAACUAUCCCGCAGCAUCAAUGAAAAUUUCAAGGUGUUCACUCCAUGGUGUUGGACUGGUUUAUGCAGAGUUUCCAUUUUUGACCAAUUUUUGCCAACGAUAAUGGCCCCCAGUCUCAAAGUGGAAAGCAUGAUGUGUUCUAUUCUGUGAGGAGUCUGAUACGGCCAGCGGUUUUUCUAUUCGAGAAGCAUUAUGUCAAUUCAAUACAUGAGAUUUAGUCUAGGAUGUCAUAUUGGGGAAUUUGUCAGAGUUUUUUUCUGAGAUCCAAGCAAAUCAUGCAGGUAGGGCAUGGCACAAAGAUGCAUCUCCUUGGACAAACUUAAUGGCAUGUUGGCUUUGUGUAGCUAAUGCAGUUUACAUUAUUGGAGAGGCCAUAUUCAUAUGGAAUCCUGCUGGAGAGCCCAGAUUGUGGCAUAUUUUGGGUUAUUGAUUCUUACGAAAUGCCAAUACCUUUUGUCCUUGUUUCUAAUUAUUAUCUCCUUAGGGCUAGGUCUAUUCCCUAUUAAAAACUAUAUAUGUUCUUACUUAUAUAUCCUUUAUUCAUCCAGUAGAUUGAAGUUUUUGGCAGUUGAA